AUGGUUGAUGAAGUUGGUGAACGUAUUAUCACUGUUAAUCUAGGCAAGCGGAUUAUCGACCCCAAGUGCGGGAGAUUUUUUUCAGGCAGUGUGCCUGUCGGCAUAGAAGCUACAGAACAUUUACAGUUCAGUGUUGAUGAUUCCAUUUAUUAUAGCAUGCCGAUAACAAACUCAGCUGUAAUAACUGCUCUAACAGACAAAUUCUUUUCACCGAUAUCCUGUUAUCAUCAUCAUGAAACUAAUGUUCAUCCCUGCAGGCCUAAAAUUAAACAUUUCAAAGCUGUUAAUUCAUCUAUUCCUUAUAGUUCAAACACAGUACAAUUGUUACAGCCAACUUGUUGUCAUAUCCUUCUUUCAGGGGAUCGUUUUAAAUCUGUUAGUGUAGAUCACUUGGGAUGUUUAGACCAAGGAAUUUUAGAUGGUUCACACCAAACGGCUAAUCUGAGCCAACCAUUUAUAUCUUGUGAGCACCUGAAUUCUAUACUUCCAGACAAAGACAUUCCGACUGGAUCACGUUCAGCUGGCGACGGCCAAACAGACGAUGAAGAAUUAGAUGGUGCAAAUUGUUCAGUUUAUCCAGAAACUAUUCAAUCUAAAAACUAUCCAGUCAGUACAAAUUUAUCAAGUGAAGUGAAAUGUCAUUUAGGUUCACUAUCUCACUUGUCUUCACCGUCAAUUUCUCUUACAAAUAAUCAAGUUGAUACACAACAUCUACUUCUUCCAGGUCGUUCUGAAUUUGAGCAACGCUUAGUUCGAGAAGUAGCAUACUUUGAGUUAUGUGAAUUUUUAAUUGAACAAAUUGAAGAAAUUUAUGAUUUGGAGACUUUUAAAUUGUUGGAUCUACCAAAGAAAGAGAAGCAUACAAAUUUGCCAUCAGAAAUGCAAAAUGAUCGUCAGGUUCAGAAGUCAAAUGUCUUGUCUUCAAUCCCAUUCCCACCGCACAUGACGUCGGGUCAAGCAGUUGUCCACAGUCCUCACAAUCCAUUCAUAAGUGUAUCAGUUCAAAAUCGUAUUGAUCAGACGGAAAAUGUGGAACACUAUGCGGUGGACAGUGCAACUGGAUUGGCAGUUUCACUAAUCAAUACAUGUAUAAAAGAAACUGUUCAACAUGUUAAACAUGAAACGAUUUUCUGCAGACUUUGUGAAUUACGAGAACUGAUGCUCCACACUUCUGAUAUAGAUUGGGUCCAUUUGAAUCAAUCGUCCACUAGUUUCACAGAAGCAAAAGGUUUUACUCAAAACAAUAAACUUCAGCAUUUGUUAAGAUCUUCGAGUUUUUCUAAAAGCAGUGAACACUCUGUCAAAUCCCCAGAAAAUUCAGGGCAGUCAACUCGUCAGAGGUGGACGACUUUUCACUUCAAAUCCAUGCCUCAACCGACCAGUUCAAAACUUACUGUGAAUUCACUUUCACAAUCAGGUGGUUAUUUAUCAACCUUUUUGAAUUCAUUCAAUUCAGUGCGCAAUAAUGGGAAAAUUUCUGAGACGACUACUGUCUCAGUCAACACAAAUCCGGUUAAGUUAAAUAAUAAUAAUAAUGACAAUAAUAACACUAAUUCAACUGUUGAUUCAAUUUUAAAAGAUGGAAAUAACUCUCAAUCAUUAAUUUCUUUGAUUAGAGAUUUUAAACUUUCAGAUAGACAAGACAAUCCUCUCUUACCCUUGAGCAGUCAUCGUUCCUCUGUCGACUUUGUAUGUACCCCUCUACCGUAUGGUCUGUUAAUUAACCCACCUGUUAAUAAAUCUAAACGUAAAGCGAUUUUGACCAAUCAGAAUAACCGGUGUGCUGGUUGUGGUGCUUUCAUUGAAACACGAUAUCUCAAAAGAAUGCGAUUUUGCGAGUUCUUCGGCCGAUAUUUUUGUUGUGUUUGUCAUUCGAAUACACUGAUGACACUUCCUGGAAACUUAUUAACUUCUUGGGAUUUUCGUAUGUUACCAGUUAGCAAUUUCGCACGUGAUCGACUUCAUCAAUUACACAACCAACCUUUAUUGAGGACAAUUGAUUUUAAUAAACAAGUUUUAAAUCGCCAAUCUAGUCUGAUCGAUUGUUUGACACUACGUAGGCAAGGGAAUUUAAUGUUACCUUUUAUUCGACGAUGUCAAGCAGCUCAACAGCUGAUGGAGUUUGAACUUAUACCAAGUCAUUGGCUUGAAACACCAGAUUUAUGGAGUAUGGCUGAUCUACACGCCUUACAUGAUGGGAAAAUGUCAACGACUAUACGUACAGUAUUAUUACCAAUUGUAGAACACAUACCAAUAUGUGAAAGAUGUUUAGCUCAAGGCUUUAUCUGUGAAGUCUGCAAAUCUGGUCAAAUUCUUUUCCCAUUCGGUCAAGUGAACACAGUCACUUGUCCAACUUGUUCAGCUUGUUUCCAUCGUGUGUGUUUACCUACACCUAAACCAGAAAUAUGCCCUAGAUGUAUCAGACGUGCAGCUAAACGAGAACAACUAACAUGA